CACAACAACACAUCAGACAGACUGAGUUGCGGGGAAGAACUACAGCUUCUUCACCUCGGAGCAAAUUCUCUCUGUUUUGCUGUUUGCAGCUUUUUCGUCCUAUUCCUCCAUUUUUUUCCCAGCAGAAGUUUGUCGGAUUUUAUUCCAGGAUGGUGAAAGUGUCUUUUAACUCCGCUUUGUCACAGAAAGAUGUGAAGAAGGACGUUGAAACUCUUAUUCCCGAGGAGGACAAAGAUGCGGAGGCAGCUUUGCCGGUGCGUCAGCAGUCGCGUGCCUGGUGCUGGUGCAUGUGCCUGGGUCUGGCCCUCAUGCUGUCUGGAAUGGUGGUUGGAGGAGCCUACUUAUACCAGCACUACAACCCGGAGAGAGCCGAAGUCAAAGUGGAAUUUCCGGAUUACACACAGGAAGGCCAAGUGUAUGUGUGCGGGGUGGACUACCGUGAGGAGGACUUCAUGAUCCGGGGGGAGGAGGAGGUUAAUGUGGAGCUGCCAAACCAGUACCGCCUGCGACAGCUGGAGGAGAAAAUCCGGGUGCUGGAGAGGGAACAGGUGGAGCUGAUCAACGUCCCGGUGCCUGAGUUUGAUGACGGAGACCCUGCAGACAUCGUCCACGACUUCCAGAGGAGGUUGACCGCCUACCUGGAUCUGAGUCUGAACAAGUGCUACGUCAUCCCACUCAACACCUCCAUCGUCAUGCCUCCCAAAGACUUUUUGGAGUUGCUUGUCAACGUCAAGGCUGGCACCUACCUGCCUCAGUCUUACCUGAUCCAUGAGGAGAUGAUGGUGACCGAGCGCCUGGAGCACGUCGACCAGCUCGGAUACUUCAUCUACAACCUCUGCCGUGGCAAAGAGACCUUCAAGCUGCAGCGCAGAGACAGGAUUCUGGGUAUGCAGAAGCGCGAGGCUCUGGACUGCCACAAGAUUCGCCACUUCGAGAACAAGUUUGUGGUGGAAACUGUGAUCUGUGAGCAUUAAGACGCCUCAUCGCCUCGCAGCUGCUCUUAAAAUCACUGGCGUGCAGUGAGAUUGUGUUUUUAAUCUUCACAUCUUUUUUUUCUGUCCUUUACUUCAGGUAGUUUGAGUGAGUGAGAGGAGUGAAAUGUGAAGCUGUUUGGUAAAUAUUCAAUGAUUGUGAAAAAAAAGGUGAAGAGUCGCGUAUUUUUCCACUUUAUUUUUGGGGAUCUAUGUUAUUCUUGGUAUCUUUUCAGAAAAUAACUAGCUAAAAUUCAGACUUACUGAAUACUAAAUUAUUUUAAUCAAAAUAAUUGUAACUAUAGCCUGAACAUUUAUUUUAAUAUACAUGGGUAAAUUUGCAGUUCGCCUUUCAGUUCAAAUAUAAAAUAGCGGGAGAAAGGGCGACUUUUGUACCACUCGCUGGUUUUUGGAACAGAUCAGUCCAGGGAGACUUUAUUUUUUUGUAUUUCGUCUGCUGUAGCUAUUAAUACACUGCACCUGUUCUUUCUUAACUGGAAACUGAUCUUAAAAUAAGAGUGUGAACGCGUGCUUCUCUUGUUUAGCUUUAAAAAGUGUGAGUAAGAAAAGAAAAAGAAAUGAAAAAAAUAAAAUUCAAGGAUUUUUUUUUAAAGGGUGCACAUGAAAACACACUUAUGUUAAAAUCUUUUUCACAAGGGUUGUCUUUUUUUUUUGAAUGUGUAAGUUUUGGAUAACUCUCUUGUUUUACUAAUUUGUGUAUAUAAUCUCUUGAAAGAUAAGAACGACCAACACAAUAAACAAAACAGAAAAAAAACA